AGUAGAGACCGUCCAUCCCCGACCGGCGUGAUGUUUGAGGACGGGUCCGUGCUGAUGAGGGGUCAGGCCGACGUGGACACACCCUCGAGUCCGGACGGCGGCGGCGGAGGAGGAGGAGGAGGAGGAGGAGGGGGAGGGCCGCUGUCCUUCCCCGACGAAGCCGUGUCCAUCCUGACGACCGGCAGCCUGCUGGCCCGCAGCGCCGCCGCCGCCGUCAAACGCCAAGUCAGCCCGUGCUCCAGCGUGCGACGCAAGCGCGAGUUCAUCCCCGUGGACAAGAAGGACGACGGCUACUGGGACAAGAGGCGGAAGAACAACGAGGCGGCGAAACGCUCGCGGGAGAAGCGGCGCGUCAACGACAUGGUCCUGGAGAGCCGCGUGCUGGCUCUGCUGGAGGAGAACGCCCGGCUCCGGGCCGAGCUGCUGGCUCUCAAGUUCCGCUUCGGCCUGGUCAAGGACCCGUCCAACGCCGUGAUUCUGCCGCUCUCUGUGGCCCCGCCCCCCGCCGCUCGGACGCUGUCUCCGCACUAUUACCUCCACAGAGGGGACGGAGGCCUCGGCACUUCCUGCACCUCCAGCUCCAAGGUCUGCAGGGACGCCUGCAACAUGUCGGAGGACUCGGGGUUCUCCACGCCAGGCGGCUCCAGCGUGGGCAGUCCCAUCUUCUUUGAAGACCGGCUGAGCGACCACGGGAAGUCAUCGCCGCACCGCCCCGAGGAGCUCGGCUACGAACUCAACCACUCACCCGCCGCCGACGUCCAUCACGGCCCCUCUGGAGGGAAGCUGGACCACGCCGAGCCAAUGAAAAACCUUCCUCACAAGCUACGCUUCAAGACGGCGGGAUGCGGGGACGCGUUUGACGCUGCGGGGGACCACGGCGGCGCCACACACAACCCGGCGCUGUUCCCGGCAGGACAGGACGGGCUGAGGGACGCCCGUAGAGGACAGAGCGCGGGCGAGAGUGUCUCCUGGCUGCAGCAGCUGGAAGGGGAGGAGCCUAAGAAGGGUACACAGUCCCCGCAAUGCGGCGGCUACGGCGUCCAGGCGCCCGCGCACGGACCAGCCGAGGCCCGGUACAAGCACGAGAACACGCACCUCAAGUGUCAGCUCAACUCUCUGAGCGAGGAGGUGGCUCAGCUCAAGAAGCUUUUCACGGAGCAGCUGAUGGCCAAAGUCAACUGAGGGACAUUUGUCUCUCUCUGACUUUUGAAAGGACAAAGUUUGACUGGACUAUGUGAUCCGGGUACAGAGCCCGGUGAUGCAGGACGGACACCCUGCAGCGCCCUGCUAUGACAUGAACUACAACUGCUACCAUUAUCUUUAUUGUGACUGUAAUUG